AUGGUACGAAUUUACGCCAUUGAAUCUGGCUCCACAGAUUCAGUGGGGACGCUGGGAUCCCAGCGGCUCUCGUCGUCGCAAACCCAGGGCCCUACCUUUAACCGGGAGAAGCGGGUGCUACUGCUGGUACUGCUCAGCGAGGAGCUGUUGGGAGUUAAAGACUCCAUCCCACCUCCAAUGCUCAUGUCUGAUGGAGACAGAAGUGGUCUCACAGCACUGUCCCUUCUUAUUUGGGAGUGUCUUCCCUCUCUGCCUUUUUGCUGUGUUACCUGGCUGAGGACAAGGGGAGUACAGGGGAGCUGCGAGUUGUUCUCUCUCCUCCAAGAUGAGAGGGCAGAGGGGGACUGGCUAACCUCCCCUCCUGCUGAUUCCUUUUCAGGCUUGGAGCUGGCUCACUGCCCAGGCCUCUGGGGUCCUCCAGACUGGGCCCCAGCUCACUACCUUCAGGACACUGAGAGAUCCCAAAAGAGGGUUCGAACUAUGUUUAACUUGGAGCAGUUGGAAGAGUUGGAGAAAAUGUUUGCAAAACAGCACAAUCUGGUGGGGAAGCAGAGAGCCCAGCUGGCAGCCCAGCUCAACCUUACGGAGAACCAGGUGAGGGUCUGGUUCCAAAACCGCAGGGUCAAGUACCAGAAGCAGCAAAGGCUGAAACUGCCACCUGUGUCUGCCACGGCUGCCUCUCCAGACGAGCCCUCCAGCAGCUCCGAAACCAGCAUCCAGAGAGAAGACGCAGGGCCAGGAAUGGACAGCUGAGGACUGCGACAGAGGCUCAGCCCAGGCUGUCUGGGCUAGUUCUCCCCAGGGGCACCCACUGGAUCUCCAUUCUCUCCUUCUUAAUGAAGAGCCUUGUCAGAGUCAAGGGGUACUACCCCUGGGAGCUCUAAUAAUGAAAACGGUCCAGCAGCACAGACUUUGGCCUUCAGCUAUGUCCUUGGCCAAGUUAGGAAAUGAACUUCAGAGGCUUUUUUUUCAAUCUGUAUAAUGGGUGUGUUGAUAACUUAGACUUCCCAGGGCUGAAAUGUCUGUAAAGCACUUACAUUGUGCCAAGCCCAAUAAAUGUGCAGGAAGGCUUGUAGGUCUCCUUCACCCAGAGGAGCAGUACGUGCUCCAGCCCUGGCCUUUCCAAGGAUUCAUCUUUUUCUAGCCUGGCUGCAGAGGAGAGGGCCUUCCUGAGUCAGUGUCUGGGCUUAGAAGACUCUUCCCCAUCAGAGAUGGUGGAGUUGAGAGCAGAGGGAAAGACAGAUCAUUUAGCCCACUUCCUCUCACAGAAUUUCCCAAAGCUUUCUUGUUUUGUCUAAACUGUUACUACUCUCAGAAGGAGCUCAGGCCCAGCUGCCUCCUUGGAGCAGACGUGCUGCCCUGACCACCAUCUUUUUCCCUCUUGCUGCUAGUCUUGACCCUCUUUCCAUCUUUAAUAUAGGGUAAAGAAAGUUUUAACUCUGCCUUUGCCAAGAUCACCAUUUUGUCUUGAACUAUGCUGUAUUAUUAUUUCCCCUCUUCAUGAUCCUGAUUCAAGGCUCCUGUUCCUUCCCAGGAAGCCUGCCACCAACAUUUCCAGAGCUGAUUUCUCUGCCACUCUACAUUCCCUGGAGGACCCCUGUUGAGGUUAUUCAUUUGGAAUCUAGAAUGGCUUGUGUUGAGGUGAGCUGGUAGAAGACCUGCCCUGCCACCUGGUGGUGAGAGGGGCAUGGUCCACACUGCUCUCCAGAGUUUCCUGAGGGAGAGGCAAGGCAAGGAGCAGGGCGGCCUUGGAAAACCACCUGCCCCCAAGGCACUGGACCAUCCUCUGAGGAUGCUAGGCUGCAACUGGAGCGAGGUUAGGGCCCAGCUUCAAAAACCUUUCUGUUCCUGUCUUCAGUGAAAUCCUUCGUAACAGCUGGACCCAAAGUCUACUUUAUUAAUCAAAAGAACACAGUUGCAUCUGCCUCUUCCAGGCUCACUUUUCAAAAAAAUCAAGUUACCUAACCAGGCUCUAUCCAAUCCCUAAAUGUCACCAUGAGACCACAGCACAUGCAGACACAGGUCCCUUUUAAAGGAGCACAGAAUCAACUGGAGGAAAAGGGAACAAAAUGAGACUGGCGGUCAGGCCUGGCUGUGGGGGCAGGUGCUAUAGGUCUGCAGCCUUUUGGGGGCCCUGAACAAGAGAACAGGCCAGUCUCCUGUUGUAAGGACAAUGUGCAUAUGCAGACUCACUUCUGCAUACAAUUUCAGGGGUCUUCAGACCUGAGGCCCAAAAUGGACCCUCCCUCUGGCACCCUCAGGCUACAAGGUCUCCACACCACUAACGAGUCUGAGAAAGGCACACAUCCAGCUAGACUGUGUGGGGACUGUCUUCCCGGCUGUCAGAGUGCCUAGGGAGAAAGAAAAUCUUGUGGCAGCCUUUGCAGGAUGGACAGGUGGAGUAAGCUAGUCCUUCCCUUCAGGUCAGAGAGGAUAGCAGUAAGUUGGCCCACUGCUGUCCCACCCCAGGGCUGGGCCAAACAGCGCUUGACUCAAGACAGGCCACUGGGUGCCAGACACAACAUACAGACACACAAACAUGAACUCAGAUACGGAUACAUCAAAACCACACUCACAAGGGCUCUGAUGCUGGCCACGAAAACGGACAGAUAAAACUGCACAGAUGUAAAAGUACAAAGGCAGGCCCAGUUCCACCUAGUGCACGAACCACUCGACCAACACACACAGAUCAAAGGGACACG